AUGAAAGUGAAUCAACAGACCUAUUUAAUAGGCAAUGUUUAUUCUGUAGGCCGAAAAAUUGGUGCUGGAAACUUUGGAGAACUUCACUUAGGUCGAAAUGUACAUACAAAUGAAUCUGUUGCAAUAAAACUGGAGCAGACUAAAGCUAAAACUCCGCAGCUGGUGUUUGAGUUUAGAUAUUACAAAAUGCUGAAUCCACAGGAAGGAAUACCAAAUGCCCACUAUUAUGGUCAGUACAAUAAGUACAAUGCCCUUGUCCUUGACCUGCUGGGACCCAAUAUAGAAGAGUUAUUUGAUAUGUGUGGCAGGAAGUUCACUACAAAAACAGUUGCCAUGUUCACAAUGCAAGCUGUUCGUAGGUUGGAGUACGUUCAUGGUAAGCAACUGAUAUAUCGAGAUAUGAAGCCAGAAAAUUUUUGCAUUGGUCGACAAACAUACCAGAGCAUAAGAACAGUGUUUCUCGUUGAUUUUGGCCUAGCUAAACGCUACAUAGACCCUGAAACUAACCUCCAUAUUCCUUUCAAAGAUCACAAAAGUUUAACUGGAACUGCCAGAUAUAUGAGUGUUAAUACACAUUUGGGAUAUGAACAAAGUCGAAGGGAUGACCUUGAGGCUCUAGGAAAUGUAGCCAUGUAUCUAAUGAGGGGCUCCCUACCCUGGCAAGGCCUCAAGGCAGACACUCUUAAGGAGAGAUACCAAAAGAUUGGCGAGACCAAACAGAAAACUACUAUUGAAGAACUCUGCAAGAAUCAUCCUCCUCAAAUGUCGACCUACUUCAAGUAUGUAAGGUCAUUGUCAUUUGCAGCCACACCUGAUUACUCUUACCUGUACGAUCUCAUGCACGAAAUUUUGAAGGAUAAAAAAUUGGAUCUCGACUGGGAAUUUGAUUGGCUGGUCAAGAGAGCGGUUUGUUUUGAUUGGUCAAAAUUUAUUUUCCACUUCAUUUUCAAUUUUUGGUGA